AUAUGAAGUCAUUACUGAUUCUCGUUGCAGUCGCAUUUAACGUCGUCGAGUUCGCCUUGUCGUCUAGCAGCAAUGUAACAUUUAUCACUAAACAAACAGACUCUCGUAUUGUCGGUGGCUAUCCAAUUCCAAUUGAGAGAGCUCCAUGGAUUGUGCAACUCAAUUAUAGGAACAACUACAUUUGUGCUGGAAGUAUAAUUUCUAGUACGAAAAUUUUGUCAGCAGCGCACUGUACAACUCUCCACAAUGCAAACUUGUUUACGGUACGAGCUGGAACCACUUUAUAUAACGAGGGUGGCCAAGUUCGAAGCGUAUGGAAAACAAUUGAACAUCCAGAAUACAGUCGCAAUAAUGUGGCAAACGACAUUUCCAUAUUGUUCCUGGAAGCGCCUUUACAAUUGUCAUCUAGAAUUGCUAUAAUUGAUAUCAACGAAAACCCUUCAGUUUUAUCUCAUGGAACCGAAGUAACAAGCAGCGGAUGGGGUUUACUAUGUGAAAACUGCAGUAGUCCAUCUAAAAAUCUGCAAGAAGUUAAAUUGCCUACAGUUGACAACGAACAAUGCCGUCAAAUCUACAAAGAGAAUGCUAAUAUUUUACCUUCAAUGUUCUGUUGUGGAUUAAAAAGUGGCGGCAAGGAUGCAUGUAAAGGUGACUCAGGUGGUCCGAUCACGUUGGGUAACAGUCUGGUUGGUAUAGUUUCAUUUGGUAUGGGUUGCGCCAGACCAAAUGUGCCUGGUGUCUAUACAAGAGUUUCUUAUUUCUCGAAUUGGAUAAAAACUUAUUUGUGAAUGUUCUCUUUAGACCGUA